AGAGAAGUCUCGGCUCCGGUCGGCUUCCUGGUGCACUGGGUCGUGAUCUGUUAGGGUGAGAGGCGUGGGAUCUUGUAAUUUUCCCUGGUAUUCCUUUGAUGGGGAACUGGAUCCCCUCUUACCAUGUCUGGCUGGUGACGACCCAGAUGCCAUGUGAUGGUCAUUUGAAGACAGGACUUCUGGAUAUCAGGUUUGAAAAUCUAGGGUGGUGUCUUGUUUUCCUGACCAAACUCUGACUAAUACAGGUCUUCUGCGCCCCCCCAGCCCCCUUCCCGGCAUGGCAGCGGAAGACGAGGCGGCAUCGCCGCGGCUCCCGGAUCUGUUUGAAAGUGGCAGGCAGAUGCUGGAAGAGGUGGAAGUGGCCACGGAGCCCACGGGCUCCCGGAUGAUCCAGGACAAGGUGGCGUGGGGCCUGGAGGUGCUGGAGAAGGCGGAGGCGAUGCUGUCGCAGCUCGAUCUGUUCAGCCACAACGAGGACUUGGAGGAAAUAGCCUCGGCCGACCUGAAGUACCUGAUGGUGCCCGCGCUGCUGGGCUCGCUCACGCUCAAGCAGGUGGGCGCCAGCCGGCGCCUGGACCACCUGCAACAGGCCCGUGAGCACUUCCUGCACUUCCUCACCCAGUGCCAGCACUACCGUGUGGCUGACUUCCAGCUGCCAUCGGUCACGGACGACGACGAAGCCGACACCGAGGCGGAAGACCCCGCCGGCCGCCCGCCGCCGGCCAUCGCUGACCUGGUGGCCAUGGCGUCCCAGCGCCAGGCCAAGGUGGAGCGGUAUCGGCGGAAGAAGGCCCUGGAGCAGAGGCUGUGUGCGCUCAAGGCGGCCGUGGAGAGCGGGCAGGCGGAGGACGAGCGCGUUCGCGAGUACCACCUCCUCCACCUGCGGAGGUGGGUCAGCAUCAGCUUAGAGGAGCUCGAGAGCAUCGACCUGGAGAUGAAGGUCCUGAGAGACAAGGACUCCUUGGGCGAGGCCUCCACCUCGCACGCACCCGUGCCCGAGCGGCCUCCCAUGAAGCCCUUCGUGCUCACGCGGAAUAAGGCCCAAGCCAAUGUUUUCGGAGCCGGUUAUCCGAGUCUGGCAACGAUGACGGUGAGUGACUGGUAUGAGCAGCGCGGGAAACUCGGAGAAUUCUCGGAUCAGGGAAUAGCCCAGACCCCAGUCCAGUUCUCCAGAGCGCCUCAGCGACAGGAAAGUCAGGAGCAAAAGGAGGAAGAGGAUGAUGAGAGCGCACUCCACAGAGCGCGGGAGUGGGAUGACUGGAAGGACACCCAUCCGAGGGGCUAUGGCAACCGACAGAACAUGGGCUAAUCUGCCCUCCACACCCCGAGGAUGCACUGCAGCUUCCCUGCCGAGGGAACCCCGGCGUCUUCCCCUCCCCGGCCUCCUGCUUUCAGCCCUGUGCAAGGAAGGUAAAAAGAUGCCGAGUCUUGUUUUGUUGUCAAUAAAGUAUCCAACAGUCAAGUGUCUAUUUGUACCCUAGAUAAUGACCAAUGAUCUUGUUUUGCCAUCACUAAUUUUCAUCGUGGUCUAUUCGAUUCCUUUAAUGGAACAGAAAAGGCACUUGAGAAAUGGUUCUGUAUAUAAUCGAUGGCUGUAUGAAUUCUCUUUUAAAAAUAAAAAGUCCCUAUCAUGUGAGUCUGUGCAGAAAAAUA